AUGAAAUCCUUUAUUUUGUUGAUUGUGAUUUUGUGCGUGCUGCACUCACAGCUGGCAGGGGGAGAGAAAAAGGCUGAAGGGGGAGAGAAAAAGGCUGAAGAUGCGUCACGGCAUAACUUAAGCGAUACUACAGGAGGCACUUCAAGACUUACCAAUCACAUUGUUCUCCUCGCAUUCUUUUUAAAGUUCGUGGGAGAAGAACAGCUGCUUAGUGAGGAAGCGAUCAGAGGCGGCCUUUUCAUCUCGAGGGCAUGUGUAUCACCACUUCGCCACCCAACUCCCUUCCGGUGGGAUUGGAAUCAUCCAGUUAGGUUUGUUCAGAUGUUGUCUCCAAUGACAGCUAGAAACUACAUUUAUCUGGAAGCAACAUUUUGUCGUGUGAGCAAAGGCAAGAACUCCCAGUCUCAGCGUUUCUGUCGGUGUACUCCGCCUUCGGCCAUCCGUCCAUUCAUGUUGGCACCUGCUAUCGUAUGCCCUAUAGAUUAG